AUGGACACAGGUGCAAUAGACGCGGACGCAGUCCUAAAAAUGACAGUAGUGACUUUAAAAGAAAAAUUAAGAGAGCUAGGGUUAGGAGUGGUUGGACGCAAACAUGAGCUUAGGGAAAGACUACUCCAACAUUUAGGCCUGAUUGAUGAUGGUGACGACGAGGAUGAAGACGAAGAUGAAGAUGGUGAUUCCCAGCCGAAUCAAUCCGUAAUUGAAGUUCCAUCCAGACCAUCGCCUGCGCCGGUAAGUACCGCGCACUUCACUUUUAAAGAUAUUCAGGAAAGCUUGUCAAUUUUUGAUGGUUCCGACACAUCCGACAUAAAGAAGUGGAUCGAGCAAAUAGAAGAGAAUGCUGAAAUCGUAAACUGGAACGAGAUUCACAAAUUUAUAUACGCAAAACAAUUGUUACGUGGUGCUGCUAAACUUUUCGUAAGUAGUCAAACUGGGUUACGGGAUUGGAGUUGCUUGAAAUUGUCUCUCAGUAAAGAGUUUGGUAAUAAGCUGUCCGCAGGUGAUGUUCACAAAAUAUUAGGGAAAAGACACAAGAAGCAGGGCGAAUCAUAUCGCGAGUAUUUGUAUGCGUUGAUGGAGAUAGGCAAAUCGGUUCGAUUAGAUGAAGAAAGUUUAUUGGAAUAUUUUAUCGAUGGUAUUCCUGGUUCUAAAUUCAGUAAGGCUGUACUUUAUCAGGCAAAAACCAUAAGUGAGCUGAAAGAGCAAAUAGUCAUUUUCGAAAAGAUUAAGCAGGAAUCACGAGUGGAUAGUUUUAAGAAGGUUGAACCAUAUAACAGGCCCAAACAAGAAAACGUAAAUUCUUCUUUGCCAGCAAAAAUCGAAAAGAGAUGUUAUAGAUGUGGCGAAUUUUCGCAUUUAGCGAAAGAUUGCAAACAAAGAGAAUUUAAAUGCCAACAAAUUGGACAUAGGUCUUUCGAAUGCAAAACACAAACGGGUACGGGUACAAAGCGUGAACAUCAACAGGGUACGGGCACAAAGCGUGAACAGAGUCACGUUAAUUCAAUUGGUGAAGCACCCAAAACUAACUUAAAACUUAAAAAGAUAAAAGUUUGCAGCAUUGACGUAUGGGCUCUAAUCGAUACAGGCUGUAGCUUAUGUUUAAUGAGAUGCGAAAUAUUUAACAAGUUGGAUAAAUCUAUUCAACUGGUUCCAGAAAGACGGCAACUGUUUGGUAUUGGUGCAUCCAGAAUAUCGACUAGGGGUAGUUGUGAAAUAAAGGUACAAAUAGAUAAAAGCCCAGUAAACUUGACGUUCCACAUAGUAGAAGCAGGUGACAUGAGCUAUGAAAUUAUUCUUGGUACUUCCAUUUUUAAAUAUUUUGACAUGCUGGUUCUAGACGAUAAUAUUGAAUUUAGAGAUAGAAUUGUGGCGUCGAGUAACGUCGAUAACGAAGAUGUAGCAAAAACGGUUGUACCAAAGGACGACGAUCCGAUGGCAAAUAUUUUUUCAAACUCAUGUUUUAAUAUCAGUAGGGAAGAACCAGAUUAUGACUUAGCUCACCUUAAUAAGGGAUUGGCUAGUGCGGUAAGGCAAAUGAUAGAUGAGUACAAGCCAACGAAGGAUAAUAGCCCUUCAGUGAACAUGAAAAUCAUUCUUACUGACGAAGUUCCUGUCUAUCAACCGCCGCGAAGGGUGUCAUAUGAAGAACAAAAAAUUAUAGACAAACAAGUCGAACAGUGGCUGGAUGAAGGCAUAAUACGCCCAAGCUGUUCGAACUAUGCCUCACCUGUGGUGCUCGUGUCAAAAAAGAAUGGCACAAAACGACUUUGUUGCGACUAUCGUAAGUUGAAUUCGAAAAUCAUACGCGAUAACUUCCCUAUGACCUUAAUCGAUGACGCACUAGAGAGGCUUAGAGAAGCGAAUGUAUACACGACCUUAGAUUUGGCCAAUGGGUUUUUCCAUGUACCGCUGGAUGAAAGUUCCCGCAAAUACACAGCGUUCGUAACUCAUAGUGGCCAGUGUGAAUUUCAGUAUGUACCUUUUGGUAUCUGUAAUUCACCAGCAGUAUUUUGUCGUUACAUCCAUGCAAUUUUGAAUGAUUUUAUUAGGGAUGGGACAGUAGUUGCCUAUAUGGAUGAUCUGGUGAUCCCGGCUAAGACUGAGGAAGAAGCUAUAGAGAAAUUAAGGAAG